CUGUAACCUAAGCAAAUAAUGGAACGGGCACUGGCCUGGGGGCAGAACCCCUGUGUUCUUGUGUUCGCUCUGCCUCUGACUGGAUGGGGGGUCAGGCACUCCUCAUGUUACCUCUUGGUAUUUCCCUUUCCUCAUUGAAAAUUAAGUGGAUUGCAAUACUUGAAAAAUUAAGUGGGUCUAAAGUUCCUUUUCACUAAAAUUCCUUUUUCUAAAAUGCAUUGCCUGGCAGUAGUGUCUAUUUCUCAGUAAAUCUGGUGUCCUAAUAUUCUAACACUCCUUCUGUGUCUUUAUUGCCUGAAUACCAAAGCCCCCUAGUGGAGAGUCAACUAAAUGUGACUUCUCUGGCAGGCAAUUCAUGGAAGGAAGGGUAAACACCAAACAUCCCAAAGGCCAGUUUACAUUUAUCCCCCCAUCUCUCCCUCUUCUUUCCUUCCUCUCCUCCUCCUCCCUGCUGCUCCCCAGGAAUGUGCAGAAACUCAAGACUGCCUCAGACUCACCCAUCUGGAAAGCUGAUUAUGGUUCCUUCACCUCUAUGUGUCCUUCCAGGGAUUAGUAGCAAAGACUCCUCCGGGAGAUGGAAAUCGUAGCCUUCCCCAAACACCCCCUCAAAAACUUCUCUCCUUCCUCUGCUGCGUGUAAUCAGUCCUGCCGCCACCCCCGGCUAUGCACCAAUUCCAGAUAUAGAAAAAUGCCCAUAAAAACUGGGUGGGGGACAGGCGCCAGAGGGCAGGGUGCUCAGUAAGGACAUCCAAGGAUAUAGGGAUGGGGCAGAGGUGCAGAAAGGGAGAAAGAAAGGCGAGGGAGGAGAGACAGGGAGAAACCCAACCCCCUUGAUUCUGUAGGGUCCCCACUGGCAGGACCCUCGCAUGGGGUCGGGGUGGAAGAGUCUAAAUGACCCACUCCUGAGAAUUUCAUGUCAGGUCUCUGCUCCAGGGCAAGAGCAAUCUGCUCUGCACCCUCUCUGACCACCUCACACCUCACAACCUCCAGGGUUAUGUAAGUGGCACCACUUGGAAUCCAGGGGAUAAUCAGAUCAGAAGAGCCCCAGUCUGUCCCUCCCCUGUGGCACAGUGCCUAGCACAGGUAGAGGCACAUAUAAAUCCAUACUUCUUGAGUGUCCAUCUGUAGGAGAGAUGCUCCAGACCCCAGGAGCCAUGACCUGUGCCCUUCUCUUCAGGCUUCUCCUACUUAUGACUCUGGCAGCCCUCUUCCAAGGCAAACGCUUUGGCCCCACAUCUCGCCUGCGUUACUCCAGGUUCCUAGAUCCUUCCAAUGUCAUUUUCCUGCGCUGGGACUUUGACCUUGAGGCUGAGAUCAUCACGUUUGAGCUCCAGGUCCGGACAGCCGGCUGGGUGGGCUUGGGUGUCACAAAUCGCUACACCAGAGUGGGGAGCGAUCUGGUGGUUGGAGGAGUCCUGCCCGAUGGCAAUGUCUAUUUCUCGGAUCAGCACCUGGUGGAUGAAGACACCCUGGAGGAGGACGGGAGCCAGGAUGCUGAGCUGCAGGGGCUGACAGAAGACGCUGUCUACACCACCAUGCGCUUCUCCAGGCCCUUCCGCUCCUGUGAUGCCCACGACCAAGACAUUACGAGUGACACCAUAAGGGUUCUGGCUGCCUAUGGCCUGGAUGACACUCUGAAGCUGGAUCGGGAUCGUACUUUUGUCAAGUCCAUCUUCCUGCUACAAAUAGUCCACCCUGACGACCUUGACGUCCCUGAGGACACCAUCAUCCAUGACUUGGAACUCACUGAUUUCCUCAUCCCAGAAGAUGACACCACAUAUGCCUGCACCUUCCUCCCUCUCCCCAUCGUCAGCAAGAAGCAUCACAUCUUCAAGUUUGAGCCCAAGCUGCUCAAUCACAACGAGACGAUGGUGCAUCACAUCCUGGUUUAUGCCUGUGGCAAUGCCAGUGUUCUCCCCACGGGCAUCAGUGACUGCUACGGGGCUGACCCUGCCUUCUCCCUCUGCUCGCAGGUCAUCGUGGGCUGGGCUGUCGGGGGCACAAGUUACCAGUUUCCAGAUGAUGUGGGUGUCUCUAUUGGGACUCCCUUAGACCCCCAGUGGAUCCGAUUGGAGAUUCAUUACAGCAAUUUUCACAACGUUCCGGGUGUGUACGACUCCUCAGGCAUCCGAUUAUACUACACGGCAAAGCUGCGCAAAUACGACAUGGGAGUCCUCCAGCUGGGUUUCUUCACUUUCCCCAUCCACUUCAUACCCCCAGGCGCGGAGUCCUUCCUGUCCUAUGGGCUGUGUAAGACGGAGAAGUUUGAGGAGAUGAAUGGGGUCCCAAUGCCUGACAUACAGGUAUAUGGCUACCUGCUCCACACCCACCUGGCUGGCCGUGCUCUGCAGGCCGUGCAAUACAGAAAUGGAACACAACUCCGAAUAAUCUGCAAAGAUGAUUUCUACGACUUCAAUCUGCAGGAGACUCGAGAUUUACCUUAUCGAAUGGAGAUUAAACAGGGAGAUGAGUUGCUGGUGGAGUGUCAUUACCAGACGCUGGACCGGGACUCCUUGACUUUUGGGGGUCCCAGCACCAUUAAUGAGAUGUGCCUCAUCUUCCUCUUCUACUAUCCCCGAAACAACAUCUCCAGCUGCAUGGGGUACCCUGACAUCAUCCACGUGGCCCAUGAGCUGGGGGAGGAGGUAUCAGAUUCCAUGGAGGGCAUGAUAGCCAUGAACAAUGUUGAAUGGACCCCAGAGAACAUUAAGAAGGCUGAGAAAGCCUGCAAGGAGGCCCAGCAGACAGUGAUAAUAAAGACCAUUGAUGAGGUAGUGGAAAACACAACAGGCUGGAUUCCAGAAAUUAUCCGUGCGCCUCGGGGACCCUGCUUGGAGUCCUCCGGAGGCAAAGUGGAGCCCCAGGACAAAACCCCUGCAGGCUUCAGGGCUGCACCAAUUGCCCUCUCAGGCUCCAGCACUGCUACCCUGAGGUGCCUCCCUCUGGCUGCCCUCUUGUUUGGGCAGGGGGCUCUUUCUUGGCUUCUUGCCACCCUGCAGGUUGAAGUCUGAUACUAUCUCCUUAUGUCAAAUACUCAGGUUCCUCUCUGCUCAGCCCUCCCCUUACUACCAAAUACAGAAAUUCUGCUUUGCUUGGGCUCUCCAAAGCCCCCCAUCUGUUGCCCCUUCCCACGACCCAGGCCUGAGGACAUCGUGGGCCUGGGGAUUGCACUUAUUCCGUAAAGACUCAUCCAUGCCUAGGGAUACAAUUCAUCCUUUUGGGGACCAAAAAGGUCCAUAUUUGGGACCAUAUGUUUUCUGACAAAGUAAGGAUUCAAAGCUGGGUGUGCACCACUCUCUGAGAAGUUUGAUGCUCCAGCUUACCCAAGGGGAUACCAUUUGGGGAGGUGGGAGCUUGAAUGCAGAGGGAGAGCCCUGUAAACCCUCCUCUACCCAUGCUGACCCUAAAGGGGGCUCCUGUUUCUCUUUUCUUAUGGCAUUUUUUGCCUCACCUUCCCUAUGAGUCAGAGGCAGGAAGCCACAUGUAUGAUUGGUGGGAAAGGGAGAGGCUCUGUUUAUAAGGGACAAAACUCAAGACAUCAGAUUAAAUAGAACUGAACUUGCUUCCUGUUGCCAUCUCCUUCCUUUGAGACUUUGGUCCAGGAGAGGCAGCUGGGAGGUCUCUUGAAUGGCUCAGUAUAAAGCACCUGGAGGACAUUUAAGGACCUGGUUGUCCCAAAUGCAACAUCUAAUGCAGUCCUUGCUCUCCUCACCUGUGCCUCUAUUAUCAGUUGAUCUUUAUCCCACCAAAUGUCACAUUCUCAACACUCAGAUUGCUAGGUGUCAAGAGCCUAACUAACCAGGAAGGCUGAACUGGGCUCUGAAAAGAGGUCAAGGCCAAGGAGGAGAGGAGUAGUCUUUAGCUCUGGAGCCCAGGGCAUGUCAAAAAGGUUCACAUGGACACAGAAGGGAGUAGGCACAAAUGGUUUGUGGAGUCAGACUGCAAUUUGGAACCACAGUUGACAAGAAAGGUUUAUUGGUGGUGGCUGCUCUGAGCUUCUGGGGACAUUUCUGUCUUCUAAGCUUAAGAAUAAUCUCUGUAGAACCGUGUCCUUUGAGAUUUAAAGUCACCAUGCUACAAUAGGAAUUGCCUUGUUCUUUGUUCAUAUGCUCUGGAAGGGACCCCUACUCUGGCUAUCCCAGCGUGUUUAGAGGGAUCUUAAUCCCUGAGAAACAGGGAUCUGGCCUGAGUAAAUUGUUUACUACUGCUCAAGGAGCCAAGUUUUGAUCUCACAUCAUAGCCCUGCUUCCUGGCACAGCAACCUCUGGGAUUGGUGAGGUGUAUGCGCGAUAACGAGCCCGUUACCUUUACUGUCACUUCUUCUGGACAAUUCUGGAGGCUCCAUCCUAAGAUUAUGCAGAAUAUUCAGUGUUCACAUUCUGUUCCUGCAAUCUCAGUACUGGACAUUUUCAAUGCUUGGGGUCACUUCUGGGCCUCAUGAUGUGUGAGCAGAGGGAGUUGGUGUCCUUAAAUCAAAAAGAAUUGUCAAAGUUUAUGAUUAUGGAAAAAACUAGGCUCACCAGAAGCAGAGGGCUGUGUGAGUUCACUGUUGAGUAUCUCUGUGGUCCCACCAUCCAAGGGAAAUGAAGGAUUUCCUUUUGAUUCUAAAACAUGGUUGAUGUUAUUUGGUAGCUAUGUGAAGUACACAAAUGACUUGCCACAGCAUGAGGGAACACACAGAUAAAGAUGAGGUAUAGAUAAAAACACAGAACAACUAGGCCACUUUUUUCCUUGUUUUGUCAAAUCUGACAUUUCUAAUCCAAUCUGUAUUACUCCGAGGCUCCCAAGCAAAUUCUUUCAACCCCAAUCUUCUAGGUUAAAACAAAAACCAAGCA